CAUGGUAUCUAUGCUGAGAAAGAAGCUUCUGGAGGUAGGUAUUGAAGUUGUUGUGUCAAGGUUCUCAGGAGUAUGCAUGCUGUGUCUACAUGUACUUCUAAGUUUCAACUGACAGCGUAGAGCAUAGUACAUUGUACGUGUCAGAGACCUCUCCUAAUUACAGACUCUUCGAUGGCUGAGGUCUCGGAUAUGAAGUCAAAGGCUACACCAACGAUGAAGGCAAAUGUUCUUAUUGCUAUAUCGGUUGGAAUAUGGUGGGCUGCCAACAGUAUCACGGCCAUCUCUUCGAAAAACUUUAUGAGAGGGCAAAGCAAACCCGACAAGAACUCUUGGUCUGAUGCAAGUAAAGAUUUUCGAUGGCUCGAAUUGACAUUUUUACAACAUCUGAUUGGUGCUAUUGUCUCCGUUAUGUGGAUAAAGCUAAUCUCUAGAAGUUCUAUAUGGCCUGCAGAUGCUUCUAAAAGAACGAUUCUCAUAGCUUCGAUUGGCAAUGUUGCCGGGAACGUGGCGACGAAUGCAGCCUAUGCAAUGGUCAGCUCUAGCAUGACGCAAGUCGUAAAAGCAUGCGAGCCUCUGUUCAUGUUCGGCUUGUCUCUGGUACUCUAUCGAGACUACACAGUCCUCAAUUCCACAACACUUUUGGCGAUUGUCAUCAUGGUGGUUGGAGCUAGUUUGUUUGUGGCUUUUGACUCGACUUUUCUUGUGGUUGGACUUUUAGCUGCUCUUUGUUCGAACGUCGCUUUCCCGAUCAGAAACAUUUAUCUGAAGAGAUUGGGCAAGGUUUGGGACAGUGCUUUUCAAAAGUAUGCCGUUCUUUCGCUAAACAGUGUGUUUGUUUUAACCCCAUUUAUUAUCUCAAAAAUGGCUUUCUUCCAAUCUGUUGCUCUCCUGAAAAACUUACACCAAGGUGUGAUCUCAAGUUCCUUUCACUGCACCUACAACUUAGCCUCAAUCUAUGUUCUACAGCAUUUCACUCCACUAACACACGCCAUCUUGAAUCUCCUGAAACGUGGUAUUGUCAUCGCUGCCAAUCUAGCGUACUUUCAACUCCCUAUCUCCUGGAAAAUGAUUAUCGGAUUAGGUGCCGUCCUCAUCGGUCUCUACAUCUAUCUCUACCGAAACUUAAGUGGAGAUAAGUUUUCUCCACCACCGUUACUCUUGGUGUUGGUUGCUGUCGGUUUGGGGUCAAUUUUCUUUAUACAAGGACCUGUUUCAACUGGCUCGACUAUCACAACAACAAAUCUUGCAAGCGUUGUUUCUGAGAACAAUAUUUCUCCUCUUGCUGAGAGUCCCCUUGCCGUCGCUAAUUUAAUACGCUCUGCUUGGGUAUAUGAUCGGCCGUUCUCGCAAGAAAUUUUAUCAAAUUUGAACAGUCUGACAAAACGGAAUCCUGUUCUUGUGUAUUGUGGUACUUCACACUGUAUGAAGUCCAUUGCAGAUCUCUCAAACAAAAAGAUUUCCGCCGAGUUUCUUUUAAUAGGUGAACUUGUUCAAGAAACACCUCUUGAAGAAUGGCUUUCAAAGCACCUGUUUUACAAACUUUUUGCCAAAGCAUCAUUUGAAGAACACCUGCAAGUAGUUGUGGGACUAGGCAUUCUCUGGAAGUACGGAGGAGUGUACAUUGAACCAAACGUUCAACUACAAGACAAACAAAACAUCCCUAUUCCCAGUUGUACAAAACCGUGGAUUGGACUGAACCGUGCCCGUGCGAAGACUACUGUAGAACAUUUCAAACUGGCAUGCUUUCCAAAGCAAUACACAUACAUCAACCAACUCGCAACCAUGCUCAACAAUGAAUACUACAAACCCUCUGAAAACUAUGAUUCAGUGACUUCGAUUUCGUUCGAUGCUCCAACUGUAAACAAGUACUUCGAAGCUGAAGAUCUGGUUAUAGCCACCACUGUUUUCAUGUACCGUUUCCUAUCACUGGAACCGGACGAACCAUGGAAUCAGCAUUACGGGACUCUUUUUUUUGAUGCGAGAGUGAAUUCAGUAAAGACAGCGAAUGUUGGUGAUGAGAUUCAAGAUUUCCCCGGUCUGCAAUUCCUUCCGUUUAUGGAUACUUUUCUCGAUCGAGAUAACAUAAUUGCAACAACAAAAAAAGAUCAAGCCGUUACAGUUUUCUUCAACGCUUGGUGGGGAGAUGGUAGAGCUAGCUGGCCACCCCCACCCAAUGUCCACCCUCUACUGGUCUCAAUUCAUAUCCACCUACGAAUGGCAGCACAAUGGAGGAAAAAUGUUGCUUAUACGAUGGAAAGGGCACCGAUUGGUUGCCGAGACACUGGAACUCUUAAAAUGUUAACGGAUCUGCAUGUACCUGCGUACUUCUCGGGUUGUAUGACUUUAAUGCUCCAAGUGAAAUCAAAAAAGAAGACUAAUGAGAUUUUUAUUGUUGAUGUGAAGGAGGAGUAUUUUCAAAUGCUUCCGAAAAAAAUCAGAGACAGGGGAAUCCGUGUGAAGCAUAACUUGGAGGGAAAGGCCCGUACAAUCAGUCAAGGCCGGUUUACUGUAGCCUUUGAUAUAAUUGAACGUUAUUCAAGAGCUAAACUGAUUAUCACACAACGAAUCCACAGUGCUCUACCCUGCGUUGGCAUGGGAACUCCGGUGAUUUUUAUCAACUCGGAUAAAAUGCCUGGGGGUGGUGGUUCUAAAAAAGGCAGCUCCUCUCGUACUGUUGGCCUGACAACAAUGUUUCACACCUUGGAUAUGUACAAAACUACGAUAGACGAAGUACCUAAGUGGUUUGCCAAGUUUCCCUGGGACGACCCACCACCUAAUCCCGAUGUGGCGACAAUGAUGCGUCUUCGAGCAACGUUUUGGUACGAGAUUCGUCAAAGACCUUCUUUGUUUGAUGCUGCCCGCAAGUUUGGUUUAAUUCCAUUGUCCCCUCCAACUCCUUGUAAGGAUUGCUUGCAGUUUCACUUUCACUUCCCAUCACCCGAUUUCAAAUUUACUUGGCAGGAUCAUCGUUCCAUCGAAUCUGUAUUCCAUUACCAUCCAUGUGCCAACGUUCUUGUUCAUAGUAACACACUCGAUAAUGGCCGUUUCGAUGUCUUCAGAGAAACUGGCUACCAGAUAACAGUUACAAAAUACAAUCGUGAUGAGCUAUUUAGCAGAAUAUUCUCUCUUGAACCCCACCAAAUUGAUUUCUUAGAUGACGAUUUGGAUAAGUUUAUCACCCGUGCUCUAGUAUUGUACAAUUGGGGUGGUUUUUAUAUGGACUCGAACGUGAUCAUCACCCAAUCUUUAGAAAAACUUGCGAAAAAUUUCCUUGCAUGGAGUGACGAGUCUAAAUCCAAGAUUGACCUGUCUUUCAUGCGUUUCGAGAAAGAAAACAAACAUCUCAAGAUGUUGGUUUCCCAAUAUGCCUUGGACAAGUCAGUGAGAAAUCCCAAUAUUUUCUCGAAACUAAUUGAUGGGUCUAAAAACAGUAUAGUAGAAGUGCUUGGAUCUGAUAAGUACAACAGUGAACUGACUGUCAAGAAAUGCUAUGAGUUGAAUGAUGAUACCGAAGUGUUCAAGAAAAAAGUACAUACGUCGUUAGUUGCCGUCUCCCUUCCUUCUGACUACUCGGUAACCAAAGCAACUGGUACUAGUUCUACUAGGCUUAAGUAUGGAACUAUUUGCCAAUUUUUGCUUGGAGACUAUUGUGUCUUUUGUAGCAAACUAUUACACGUUUAGUAUAUAGACACUUAUAUAUAACUAGCUGAAUGGCUGGCCAGUACUACAGUCCACACAAUCUUAACAUGUAUGAUUUAUAAUACAAUCAUGCAUCACAACUGAUUAGAACAGAAAACAUGAAAAUUUGCUUAUUAUUGCUGAUCAUGUGACCUACAGCCAAGACCCCCCAGGGUUUCAGCUUCAAUUUCCUCUCCCGAAAAUUAA